AUGAAGAUUGUACCUCUAUUACUGGGUUUUUCUGCGGUACUUGGGACCUGUUUACAAACCGUUUACGGGGCCGCAUCCCCGCAGGAAUGGAAGCGUCUGGGAGAAUCGCUUCAAGGCCGGUUACAUCCUGCCAUACCACUAUCCGCACCCUGUUUCUCUGUCGUGAAUGGGCGCAACGUUCAACGUAGCGAGUCAGCAUGCAGAGAAGUUCAGCAAGGGUAUACGAAACCUGAUUUUCGUUUUACCGCAGCGAGUGCUCGCAUGAACCCACAAUGGGAAACAUGUAUGAGCACCUCGGAGGGGUGUUUACUUGAUUCGCUCAAUCCCAACAACUCGGCUGCGUGGGCGGGAAGGGACUGUAAACAGGGAAGCGUACCACCGUACUUUAUUGAGGUCAAUGAUCCGCGGGACGUACAGAAAGCCUUCGAGUUCGCAAAAAAGACUGGAACGUACUUGUCUAUAAAAGCGUCUGGUCAUGACUAUAAGGGUCGUUCCAGCAUGCCAGGAUCCCUUUCUCUCUGGACUGCAAAGUUGAGAUCCAUGUCCUACUCGAAAACAUUUACUCCCGAAGGUGGCAAUAAGGCUUAUGCAGCUGUAACAAUUGGGGCUGGUGCGAUUACUGAGGAUAUCUACAAGUUCGCGGACGAGAACAACGUCACGUUCAUUGGAGGAUACGCUCAAACCAUUUCUGCCAGCGGAGGUUGGGUCCAGGGUGGAGGCCACAGCGUUCUUAGUCCUGUCUAUGGCUUGGGUGUUGACCGUGUUUUGCAAUUCAAGAUUGUUACUCCCGAUGGUGAAUACCGAACUGCCAAUCAGUUCAAGAACCAAGACCUCUACUGGGCGUUGCGUGGGGGAGGAGGUGGUACAUUUGGUGUCGUCCUUGAAUCUACAAUGUCCGUUGAGCCGGCGAUGAGCAUUAGGGUAGCAUCGAUUUCUGUUCCUUCGAACACAGAAAAUGCUCAGAGGUUCCUGAGUCUGACCAUCAACGAAACGUACAAAUGGAAUCAAGAGGGCUGGGGUGGACACAUGACUAGUGUCUCGUUAAUCAAUGUCAACCCGCGCUUGACUCUCAAAGAAGCCCGGGAGUCGGUGAAGACCAUUACGGACUUCGCACUCGCCAACAAUGGAACGUCCGUGGUCGAGGAUCUACCAUCAUGGCAGGCGUUCUUUCAAAAAUACGUUCUAUCAGCUCAAGCGGUUGUUGGUCAACCCAUAAUUCUGGGUACGCGGUUGAUGCCUACCGAGUUGUUGAAGAACGAUAGUGGGAAAAACCAGGUUCUCAACUUCAUCUAUACCGCGCUUACGAAGUACCGCACCGAGCCUUAUAUCAUUCUCGGUGCACCUACCCUGUAUAACUACACCGAGGGGACCACAAGUGUCACUCCUGCAUGGAGAACGGCGUCCUUUCAGCUGGGAGGUAGCGUGAAAUAUCCCUGGAACUCGACUGUUAGCGAUAUCAAACGGAUCUAUCGGGAAGUCACUGAGCGAGUGCAGCUUUCGAGGGUUAUCGCACCCAAUUCUGGCGCGUACACUAACGAAGGCGAUCUAUACGAACCGGAUCAUGAAAAGGCCUUCUGGGGAGAUAAUUAUCCCAAGUUGUUGAAGAUCAAGAAGAAAUAUGACCCGGAAGGACUGUUGGACUGCUGGCAUUGCGUGGGAUCCAGGGGCCCGACGGACCCACGCUUCUCGUGCUAUUUAACACUCCUAUAA